UCCACAUUGUGACCUGCACAUUGUUCGCUGUCUAUAUAAUAAAAUAACAAAAAGCUACUUCUUUUUACUUUGUGGUGUUGUUUAGUUAACGCCAAGAGGAUCCGGACCGAGUAUUUUGCCUUGAAAACUUGUUCUUCGUGAUUGUUCGUUAAUGACGACUAUAAAAUGUUUUAUCGUUUUAACAUCAUCCUAUUAAAUCAGUAGGUAUCAUUGCAAGUGCGCUCAACAGACGUGUUAUAAAAAUACCAUCAAUGUAUUUGGGACAAGGAUGUAUAUUUCUAGUUCUAUGACUAGUAUUUGAAUAGAUAUCCACAAACUAAUUAAAUGGGAAAAAAGCGAAAGUUUCAAUAUAUUUUUUGAAUAAACUAUUAUUGAAAUGUACGAUUUAAAAGAUAAGGUGGUCAUUAUUACUGGUGGUGCUAAUGGGAUAGGAGAGAGCUUUGUCCAGAAUUUACUCGAAGAAGAUAUUAAGUUUAUUGCAAUUUUGGACACUGAUGUCGAAGCGGGUGAAAUGCUUCAGGAUAAAAUGAUGACUGAAUAUGCUAAUUCGAAAGUAAAAUUCAUACAGUGUGACGUCACUGUCGAUGAAGAACUUUUUGGGGCUUUUGAUGAUGUUGUCAAAGAAAUCGGAUAUAUUGAUCUAGUUAUUAAUAAUGCUGGGAUAGCCAAUGAAUCAGAUCCAAAAGCAAUAAGAAAAGAAGUUGAGGUUAAUUACAUUGCUCUUGUAAAUGGAACAUUGAAAUCCUUAGAACUUAUGCGCAAGGACAAAGGCGGUAACGGAGGAACGAUUGUGAAUAUUUCAUCUAUUGGUUGUAUGUGUCAGCAUGCACCAGCUUUAUUUGUUUACAUGGGGACAAAGAGUGCUGUGUUGCAAUUUAGUAAUUGCAUUGGGAGGGAAGAAUAUUAUAGUAAAACAGGAGUGCGCAUUCUAACUGUGUGCUUUGGAAUCACAAAAACUGGCAUUUACAACAACCUCAAAAGUUUUGAUGAAAACAUUAACAAAGAUAUGCAACAGAUUAUAGAUUUAUAUCCUAUGCAGUCAAAAGAGUCAGCAGCCAAAGGUGCGAUAGAAGCAAUCAAGAAAGGUGAAAGCGGUAGCACCUGGCUUGUAGCUAAAGAUAGCCCAGCGGUCGAUGUGACAUCAAAUGUAAACAAAGCCUAUAAGAUAUUGUCAGAGCCUUUAGUUUAGGUAUUUUGAAACUUACUUAAAAUACUUAACUCUUUCAUUCAAUACAUAUAUUUAUUUAGUCAAUAUCAAAAUUCAUCCAAUAUUAACUAAUUGUUUUUUUGUUAACGUAAUACUAUCGUUUGUAGCUACGAUAAUAUCCGAAGGGAAUUAUUAAUUGUAUAAAUA